UAGCUGUUUCUGAGUUAUUUCUCGUUGCAUGGGAGUGGGGGAAGGCGCAGCAUCAUCUCAAAUUUUAAAAGCAUUGCUAUCUAAGCCAACUUUGGAGCUUCUGAAGCUCUGGCGCCCCAAAACUAAGUUUAUUAGGGUGGUUAGUUGGUGCUGGGGGAGAGAAACUCUGUACAUUCUCAGAGGAACUACUUCCUAUCAAUACUUUACGUGCCUGAUACUGAAGACUGAUUCUGCCUGCGCAGCCCCGGCACAAAUUACAUCCCUCUCCAAGAGGAUGUAGUAGGGGACAGGUCAGGGGUUCCUCAAGAGGAUGUACAGCAAAUGGAGGGGAAAGCAUUGGAUGUGGAGAAAAGCAUGCACUCAUUGUGCAUCCCCUGUGCUUAGAGAUAGAUGAUGUCGAAUGUGAUGAGGCAAACUAAAACUUCAGAAUUGAAGAGUUUCCCUUGUUCCUUUAAGUCACAAAGUAAUCCAUCGGCAAGUCAAUUUGUGGGUGAAACGUGUUACCAGACUACACCAGCCCUCUCUUCAGUGAAGCCAGUCCAGCAUAAACCAGAUAUGGUCAGCAGCCAGCCUCUCCCCAUAUCAGACAAUAGCAAACGAAAAAAGAAAAAGAGGACUAGAGCUACAGACCAAUUCCAUGGAAGGUUUGAAGAUUUGUACAAACUCACUGCAGAAUUACUGGGUGAGGGGUCCUAUGCCAAGGUUCAGGGAGCUGUUAGCUUGCAAAAUGGGAAGGAGUAUGCAGUUAAAAUAAUUGAAAAAAAUGCAGGACAUAGUCGGAGUCGGGUGUUCCGGGAAGUAGAGACAUUGUAUCAAUGCCAGGGUAACAAGAACAUUUUGGAAUUAAUAGAAUUUUUUGAAGAUAAUGCAAGGUACUACCUUGUCUUCGAAAAACUUCAUGGAGGUUCUAUCCUGGCUCACAUACAAAAGCAAAAUCAUUUUAAUGAAAGAGAAGCCAGCAGGGUGGUGACAGACAUUGCCUGUGCUCUGGAUUUCCUGCACACAAAAGGUAUUGCUCAUCGAGACCUUAAGCCUGAAAACAUAUUGUGUGAAUUUCCAGAUAAGGUAUCACCAGUGAGAAUUUGUGACUUUGACCUUGGAAGUGGGGUAAAGCUCAACAGCGCAUGUACUCCAAUCACUACUCCUGAACUAACUACUCCAUGCGGUUCUGCUGAGUACAUGGCCCCUGAGGUGGUGGAAGUCUUCACGGAGGAAGCCACAUUCUACGACAAGCGAUGUGAUCUUUGGAGCUUGGGUGUGAUUUUGUACAUCAUGCUAAGCGGCUACCCUCCAUUUGUGGGAAACUGUGGCACAGACUGCGGCUGGGACAGGGGAGAAGUUUGCAAAGUUUGUCAGAACACGCUCUUUGAGAGUAUCCAGGAAGGCAAGUAUGAGUUUCCUGAUAAGGACUGGUCUCAUAUCUCCAGUGAGGCCAAAAAUCUUAUCUCAAAGUUGCUAGUUCGUGAUGCCAAAGAGAGGCUUAGUGCUGCCCAGGUUCUGCAACAUCCGUGGGUGCAAGGGCAUGCUUCUGAAAGAGGGCUGCCUACACCACAGGUUCUUCAAAGGAACAGCAGCACAAAAGAGCUGACUCUCUUCGCAGCUGAGGCUAUUGCCCUAAACCGCCAGCUCUCCCAGCAUGAGAAUCAACUCAGUGAAGAGCAAGAGAAUAUCACUCAGGUCAUGUGCUCCAUGAAGCUUUCUCCCCCCUCUAAAUCUCGCCUUGCCAAACGCAGAGCCAUGACUCAGGCCACAAAAACCAGUGACUUCCAACCAGCAGCUCCUGCUGUUGUUUGAUGCAAAUUUCCAAUUUGUCUGAGUUCGGUCAGCUUUUGUAAAAUUCUUUUAAAGGACUGAAGGGCUAAUCCAUAUUUUUAAAAAUAUUUCUUAAAACAAAGGUUGCGAUGAAGUGAUUUAAAGGACAAUUUCUUUGGGAAUACUUUCUUAAAAUAUAAAGUUGAGAAAUGUGAAUUGUAUGAAGUUCUUCAAUGACAUUGCUGCUUUAUUAUUGAGCUAAACUACAUAGACAAUUGCACACAGUCUUCUGUAUCCAAGGACAAAUGUCCAUGAUAAGCCCCAUGACUAAUGGAAAUAUGGCUUUGAGCUCACAGUCUCAUGGCGAAGCUGGCUGUAGCUAUACACAACUCCAUGUCUCUACCUGCAGCAACAGAAUAAUUGCAUUUACCUCCUUCAAGAAGCUUCACACACAUCCUACUUGUCUGCUUUAAGAAGCGUUUAAACAGCCAACACAUAUGGAAUAUAUUUCUGUCCUUUGUCUUAGGGUUGCUUCCUUUCUUGAUUUUCAUCCUUAACUUGCCUGGAUGUGUGUAAAAGUGACUUCAGAAUGUUUAGAGAAUGUCUGUUAUGGUGCUAAGGUGAUCUUGUCCCAAGCAGCCUACUAUGAGGUUGUUAGUCCUCAUAGGGUCGUCACCACAGGGGAAAACUUCUUGGUAGUGCUAGCAUCAUGGCACUAAUUUGAACUGGUGCUGGUUUGGGGAAAUGAAGAUCUGUAGAGCUGUGUUAAUGUGAUAAGUGUGCUCUGCUUCUGCUGACUUCAGUGAAGCUCAUGUUGAAAUGUUCUGUGGUGACUGUUGAUUGUUCUGGUCCUUGCAUACCAACUCAAAAGGUGUUCAUCAAAUUGGAAAGUAUACUUAGUGCCUAUUUCCCCCACCACCUUCCUAACUAGCAUAUACUUAAUCCCCCCACUCCUGUGCCCUCUUUUCCUGGUUUAGUGUGUUAAUUCCAUAGCUGUUUGCUUAAAAGGAGGAUUGUGUUGUUGCAGGCAAAAUGUUUAAACACCAUCUUGUGUAUUUGCAGCAAGUAAAUCAGAAUUGUCCUUGCCAUCUCUCUAAACAAUUCAAGGAGCACCUGUGUUUGACAGCAGUCCUCCAGCUUGCAUGCUAAAUUUCUAGGAGAGUGGUGCAAUCGAAACAUACAUUCCAUAGUGUGCCUUAUGUAGGGGCAUAAAGUUGAAGGUGGAGAAAGCGAGUCUGCAGUACUGGUGUAUGCCAUUUUCAUAGAUUGAAGCAUGCAUACAUACUUUCUCAUGAUCAGCUGUCUAUAUUUGCCCAGCUGUUGCUAUGUCUCCAUACCCCUUCUCCUCCCCAUAUUUCAACUUGCAUACGUAAUAGAAUUAGAUUGGGCUUGUCUCUCCAACCAUCUCAAGUCUUGCAGGCUUCAGUACAGUGUGUCUUGAAGUGGAUUAUGGCAAAACAGGUGACAGGAAUAAAAUCAGAUUGUUUUUAAGUGCAGCAUACUAACAUGGGUUAACUUCUCUUGAAGCAUGGUAACUUGAGGUCACCCAUGCUUACAAAAAGGUCUAGUUUAAAACAAAGCAAGUGACUUCAUCUUGAGUACCUCAAGGAAGUCUUGCUGUAGUGCAAAUGGUUGAUCACCUUACAUAUUCAAGUUGCUAAGGUGAGCAACUCCUUCAUAGGAGUUGCUCACCUUAGCAUAUUCAAGCUCAUUUUAAAUCAAGAUUGAUGUUUAAAUUCACUUGUGGUGGUGCAUUGUGAAAAUCAGGAAGAGUUUACUUUUUAAAGAUUCAGUAUUAAUCCUGGAGGAGCAGAACAAAUGCAAUAAGUUAUGAAUUGAAGUUAUUCUAGCUCUGCCUGCCAGAAUAGUUUCACAUCUUGCCUUUAGAUGCAAAAUGUAUAUUUAUACACUUGUAUUAUUACUGUAUAUGGGUGAUUAAUGCAAAGUGGCUAUAUUUUAAUCUCCUUUUUACAUUGUGCCAUUAGUGAUAAUUCAUUAUACUUUGGUUUUAAGCAUACUUUAAGCUGUAACAGUUGUAUGUACUUCAAACUUAACUGGUUUUUAAAAGCAUUGGAAAACUCAGGAAGAAAUAUCCCUGUCGAUGUGAUACAUUUAUUAAUAUUGUGUAAUGAACAUUAAACUUACCUCAUUCUGAA